AUGCUCCCAUAUGACCAAGCGUCUCAAAUAGCCUCUGCUGAGGAAGCCCGACUCAAUGCCUUCCCGUGGCGGAACUAUGUUCCGGUGAAGACAAAGAUAUCCUCACAGCUCAGAAAAUCCAUCGCACUGUUCGAGAGUGGUGGUGGUGGUGGUGCGGUUCCGAAUGGUGUCGGUCCCGAGAACCGGUCCGAUCUCAAUAGUUCGGGUAGCUCGGCCGAAAUAACCGAUAAGCAGAAUCAGCCCAUAGUCAGACAGCGCGACUCAUUUGAGCAUUACCAACCCGUAUCAGACCGAUCCACGACCGGUGAAUCCACUGACCCGACUCAACUGCGCCAGACCUCACCGCCGAAACAGUCGGAUGUGGGGCAAUCCCAAUCCAUCACUUCCCAUCCUGAUGCCACGGAUCCAUCCGAUACUCAACUCCCGCGAAACGUGGAUAUGAAAAAGAACGAUCAUGAUUACGAAUAUUUGAGUGACCUGGAGGUAUCCUCCGCUCAAAAUCGACUGUCUUCCUGGCAAGCGAGCACUGCGCUCGAUCGUAUCGAAUCGACCAACGCUGAGCCGUCUGCCUUACAGGAUUUCAUCCUUCAAUCCGACGCAUUCCGGGUGUCUCCGCAAUUUAUGGAUUCAACCAAUCUGGAGGAUAGUUUGCCCACACUACAACAUGCCGAACCGAUUGCGGUGGCCACUCCAGAUGAAGAUGAAGAUGAAGAAUCCGAACCAGAU